AUGGUGCACUACGCCAACUACGGUCGUUGGACGGCUCCAGAGCUCCACUUUCUCCAGCAUCUAGUCUCGUGCUUCUUGCGGGGCAUCCUGGAAGACGACAUCGGCGAGACCACGCUGCGCCAGUACGUCUCGACCCAGCUCAAGUGCGACCCGAUGCGUGUCACGAAGCGGCUCAAGAAGGGCCGGACGCUCGUCGACCGCCUCCUCCUCACCAACUUUAACCGCAAAACGUACAAGCACGUGAGUGACUACAACAACGACGACAUCAAUCGGCUCAACGACCUCAAGCAAGCGCGGCUUGUCUUUGAAGCGUCGUUGCGCACGAAGCGGGCGCGAGCUCCGAUCGAGCGCGGGUAUCUGUCAAUGCAUGAUCUCGUCGACGCCAGACCCAAGGCGAUGCAGUCUGAUAUUGAUGAUGACGACCAUGAUACCUUCAGCAGCUGCGGCCUCUUUCUUUUUUAA